AUGGAAGGUGUAGCGGGAAGAUUUCCCGUCCAGACUAGAACAGAAACUAUCGAGAUUAACGGGAAUUCAACAGAAGUUGUCAUUUCAAAGUUCAGCGACAAGUUAUUUAUCAUUCUUACUCAAUACGGCAAGGUGGGAAACGUGGUUGAAGUUCGUCGGGACGUUGCUCAGAAAGACGAUUCAUCCAGUGCAGUUUACAGCGUUCGAGUCUUAUUCGGUCGAGACGACGAGGAAAUUCACGUUGCUGCACGUUUCUUGGUGAACUUUAUUCCAACACAGCAAAACAUUUUAUUUGCCUUGUCACUUAAAGACUAUCAGCCGAAAACUCUGCGUCAAGUUGGCGAAUUCCUAAAGAUCAACCUUUCCCUCACCGAAAAAUCUGCAUAA